AUGGCUUGUAACAAUGCCUUAAAGACAAUCAAGUUGGAAGAUUUCAAAGACAUCAACAAGAUCCCUUGUUCUCGUAAUGCAUUACUUUAUGGAAUAGCUGCUGGUGUAGCCAUGGGCGCUGUUCGUUUCAUGUCUAAACGUAUGAUACCAACAUCUGCCAACUGGGCCGUUGGUACAUUCUGCGGUGUAUCUGCUAUCUCAUUCGAGAUGUGCCAAAUGGACAGACGUCAAAAACUUGAAAAGUUGCGCAUGAUUAGGAAAAAAUGGGGCCUUUGA